AAGGAUCAAUUUGAAGGAUCUCAUGUCAAGUUACAGCAACAGAGGAUUUUUCAACGCCGCCUACCAUGACAGCGAGACUCUGGAAAUUGAUAGAAGGUUUUCCAGUAAAACCCAUCACACUAACCCCUAUGCCAGGGAAGACCCAGCCUGGCGGGGUGAGAGAGCAGAGACACAUCACUCAUCAACAGGUUUGAGCAGCAGUGAUGAUGUACCUUGGGGGGGCAGGCAAGACGAGAGCUGGAGGGGGAGAGAAAGCAUCCCCAUGGGCCUCCUGUCAACGCGCCAGAGGAGCCCUUCAUGGCAACAUGACCACAAUCACAGUACAUUCCAGAUCGCCCCUGCCUCUCAGUAUGAUCGAAAGAUGUCUAUUCGACUUCCUUCUUCAGGUAAUGGAAACAUGUCAAUGAGGUGGAGGGGACUUGCAAUGAGAAGGAUGAGCAUGCUUCCAAUAGCUGAUCCUGACCAUCUAGCUUUUGCAGAGGAUGCCAUCAGGGACGAGAUAGAAAAUGAGGAACAGAAACUGAUCGAAGAACUUGUUGCCUUGUCGCCACGAGACCGAAUCCGGGCCAUACGGGACCUUCAGAUGAGCUAUGAAGAGAAGAAACAUAUCAGGGACCAAGUGCUGGCCUUUAAGUCUUCUAAGCAGUCUCGUCAGUUCACAUGUUUUGCUGAUUGCUCUGAGAAUGUGUCGCUGUCUCUCCGCAGGUGCGGUUACGGCAUAAAUUCAGCUAGACAGACCUUGGAGCUGUGGCAAGGCAUCAUGAAAGAGAUUGGUGGCAAGUUUGGCACCAGCGUCCUUACCUAUUUUCUGUUCCUCAAAUGGUUGCUCAUGUUCAACAUUAUCUCCUUCAUGAUCAAUUUUGGCUUUAUCACCAUCCCGGUCCUUGUUUAUGACCACUCACCCAAUAUACCUCCAGAUGUGAACUUCAGAGGACUGGAGAUACUAACUGGAGCUGGUUACUUCAACUACACCGUCAUGUACUACGGUGGCUACAGCAAUGAAACCCUUGAGGGCCUGGUGGACUAUAACAUGCAGCUGUCCUAUUUCUUCACCAUUGCAAUCUACAUGGUGCUGUGUGGAAUUGCACUUAUCUUCAGCAUGGCAAGCUCAUUCAGGAAAAACUAUGUGCUUGCGGAUUCAUCGUCAAACAGUGCAUGGCAGCUUUUGUGCAGCUGGGAUUUCAGUAUUACCAAUGAGAAAGCAGUGAAACGGCGCCAGAACAACCUCUAUGUACAGCUUAAGGAGUCUUUAUCAGAGAAGGCCCAGGGGGAGCUGCUAACCCUCUCUGAAAACCUGAAGCACUUUGGGAUUUAUCUGGGCUCGUGGCUCCUCUCCACCAGUCUGGCUGUUGGCUGUGGAGCCAGCAUCUACUACCUCUGCCAAUAUGAACAGAAGCAUGUAACGGAUGCCGCCAACUGGUCUCCGACUGAGGAGGCAGAGACUCUCCUUGUUCCCUUUAUGGUGUCUCUCAUUAACCUGGUCGUCCCACUCUUCUACUCCCUCUUCAACAAGUUUGAGCCCUACUCCAGCCAGCGCAAACAGAUCUACGCUUUGGUACUCAGAAAUGUGUUUCUCAAGAUGUCCAUACUGGGUGUCUUAUGUUAUUACUGGAUGAAUGAGGUGGCUGAGAAGUUUUCGUGUUGGGAAUCCAUGGUAGGCCAGGCUUUGUACCGCUUGGUCAUUGUUGACUUCUUCUUUCUGAUGUUGGGAUCCUUCUUUGGAGAGUUUCUCAGCAAUGUGAUUGGGACCAAAUUCCUACCAAGUCUGGGGGUUCCAGAAUUUGACGUCGCCAGAAAUGUCCUGGAACUCAUCUAUGCACAGACUCUAGCCUGGAUUGGAAUCUACUUUUCUCCUCUUCUACCUACUAUCCAGAUUCUCAAGUUUUUCAUUAUGUUUUACUUGAAGAAGGUCAGCCUGACACAGAAUUGCCAGCCUCCGCGGCGGUCAGGCAGGGCAGCUCAGAUGCAAACCAUCUUCAUCGGCCUCUUGUUCUUCCCUUUCUUUGUGGGAGCCCUUUCCAUGGUUGCAUAUACUGCCUGGAGUCUGACUCCCUCUGAGCGGUGUGGUCCUUUUCGUGGACUCAACAGUACCUUCAGUGUGGUUGGAGUCUGGAUAGAUGGUCUGAAGGGGAUCUCUCAUUCCCAGUGGGUGGUCUGGAUCUACCAAAAUGUCAUCAGAAGUGAAAUCUUCUAUUUCCUUAUCACACUCAUCAUACUAGUUUUCAUAUAUAUCUUCUGGCAAGUCACUAAGGGCCGCAAAGAUCUUAUUGUUCUUCUGAGACAACAAAUUGUUAACGAGGGGAAAGACAAAUCCUUCUUGUUAGAAAAGCUGCAAGACCUCCAGAAAGCUAAUCCUAAUAAAAAUCCCAAACCAAAGAGUCAUAAAAAGCACACUAAACGGCGUUCGGAUGACCAAUCAUCAGGCGGUCAGUCCACCUCAAACGCCAUGGUUCAGGCUUUACUUGCUCGCCAGCGGCUUGAAGACGAUGAGGAGAGGCACAGCGCUGGUGGAUUGCCCGUUCCCUCAGACGUCUCCACCUCCAGUGUUCUGAUGCAGGCCAUGUUGGCACGUCAGAGAGCUGAAAAACAGGAUGAAGAUUUGUACCAGAUGCCCAAUAAACACCAGACAUCCUCCAGCGCCCUCGCGAUGGCCAUGCAAGCGAGAGGGAGGACUGAGGAUCAUGGGAGGGCUGAGGAUCAUGGGAGGGAUGAGUACUACGGCGCAGAAGAUAUUUCUGAAAACCCUUUCAACAGAUCCAGCUCUGUAAUGCAGGCUAUGCAAGCCAGGCAAAGAGCAGAUGAGAAUGCAGCCUAUGAUGUAGAUGAUUUCUCUCCAGUGUCAAGCGUUAUGAUGCAAGUCAUGCAAGCCAGGCAGAGAGCAGAGGAACAGGACAGGAUUCAGGUUCCUGCUGCCCCACAAAAUCCAGCUCCCUCAGCCUCCAGCUCUCUCAUACAGGCCAUGUUGGCCCGGCAGCAGGCCCAGAAUGAAUAUGAUGAUGGGUACUGAACAAACCAGUCUGACUUUACUAUAACCAAAUAGAGCUGAAAAGAGCGAGUUAAUGGUUUUUAAGUCAGCUGAUCUAAAUGAGCCUAAUCAGGAUGUGAUUUCAUGGUUUUAUGCACAACUAAAAGGAUUCCUGCAA